CGAGGGCGUUGUGUCUCCUGUUUGCCAUUAAUUGGUGGGAAAAUAAGUGGAAUACUUUGGCAAAAACAAAGUGGAAAGUGAGAUGAAGUCAGGGGAGCUGAAGAAGGAGCUGCAGACAAGAGGCAACUGGUCGAAAAGGCUAAAGACAAUGAGGCUCAGAAUUUGAGGGCGGAAAAAGAGUUGAGAAGUAGGAGCAGAAGCAAUGGAGAUGCAAUCUUACUACACCAAGCUUUUGGGAGAGCUGAACGAGCAACGGAAGAGGGACUUCUUCUGCGACUGCAGCAUCAUUGUUGAAGGGAGGAUUUUUAAAGCCCACAAGAACAUCCUCUUUGCCAACAGCGGCUAUUUCAGAGCGCUCUUGAUCCACUACAUCCAAGACAGCGGCCGGCACAGCACCGCUUCCUUAGACAUUGUUACAUCGGAAGCCUUCUCUAUUAUCUUGGACUUCCUUUAUUCUGGCAAGCUGGAUCUCUGCGGGGAGAACGUGAUCGAGGUCAUGUCCGCAGCCAGUUACCUGCAGAUGACGGACGUUGUCAACUUCUGCAAGACGUAUAUCCGGUCGUCAUUGGAUAUCUGCAGGAAAAUAGAGCGAGAGGCUGCCUUUUACCAGGCUGACAGUGGGAGUUCUAGUUCUGCCAGAGAAGGCACAUCGUAUGCAACUAAGAGCCAGUGCUCAGCAUCAGUUUCAUCUUUGCAAGAGAAGGAAAGGAUCCCGGAUUGUCAAAGAGACCCACCUUGCGGGGAGUGCAGCAGUUGCCACUCUGUCGAACUUGUGGUGGGGGACCCGGUGAGCAGUGACUCUCCUGACAACACAAACUCCUCGCUGCCCAAAGUGGUUGAGCCCAAAGUAGAAUUCGACGCCGACGAAGUGGAAGUGGAGGUGGGCGAGCAGCUCCAGCAAUACCCGGCUCCGCUGACCAUUGAGCAGUUAGAAGAGGGGCUUCACAGCGGUCAAGCCAUGGACCUGGCGUGCAACAACUAUCACAUGAAGCAGUUCCUGGAAGCCUUGCUGCGCAACAGUGCCGCGCAGAGGAAGGACGACGUGGUCCACCAUUUUGUCCGUGGCUUUGAGGGGAGGCCGGAAGACACUGGCGUGCCCAUGAGCUCCAUGAUGGACAUUCACAACGACUGGUAUGGAGAGGAUACAGGUGAUGUGCUCGUCGUGCCCAUCAAGCUGCACAAAUGCCCAUUCUGCCCUUACACAGCCAAGCAGAAAGGAAUCUUGAAGCGACACAUCCGUUCACACACGGGCGAGAGACCGUAUCCCUGUGAGAUCUGCGGCAAGCGCUUUACGCGGCAGGAGCACCUCCGGAGUCAUGCUUUGAGUGUCCACCGGUCAAACAAGCCCAUCAUCUGCAAAGGUUGCAGGAGAACGUUUACAAGCAGCCUGUCGCAAGGCUUGCGGCGUUUUGGUUUGUGCGACAGCUGCACGUGCGUUACAACCACACAUGAGGAUUCGAUGCCCAUUAACCUCAGUUUGAUGGAGCCUUCCUCCGAAGGCCAGGAGAAGAGCGAGCCGGACAAUGACUGGCCCAUCUAUGUGGAAUCUGGGGACGAAAAUGACCCCCCGGAAGACGACGAUCCCGACCCGGAUCCUGACGAUAAGCGGGGUCUGCACCGAGAAGCACUUAUGUAAUAGCAAAAGCAGGGUGGGGUAACGUGAAUAAUUUUUUCCUGUGACCAAUUUUGGUGUCUUGCAGAUGGACGCUGCAUAUUUAUCGAGAUUGUGAAAUGUUUUUUUUUUUCCUUUGAAAACAUGAAUAAUAUCAACAUUCAGUUUUCCUGGGACAUAUCUUUCGUAAUCCUGACAUGUCUUUUCAACUUUUUUAGUGCUGUGCGCUAUACCUUUCCAAGGAAUUUUGCAUCCAGGGUGAACAGAAGCUGCAUUUCCAACCAUCUCCUGCUCAUCUUGGGAUAUUAACAAGUUUGUUUUUUGGAAUCUAUAUAUGUUUGGAAUAUUUUCAAGCUGCGGAUAGUUGAAUCCCUGGAUAAAGAAUUUACGGAUAUGGAGGGCCGGCUGUAUUUCUUAAUAACACAUCUGUACAGCUUUUGGGAGAUCAUAGGAAGAGUUUUUUUGGGGGGAGUUCCUUCUUUUUCUCUGUUUUUGGAGAUCUCUCCAGCAGUUGAAUCACUUAUUAAAAAUUGGUCCAGAGUAAAUAUUGGAAAGGGUUCAGCCUGGAAAGUGAGAAAGAGCUUUCCAAAGUGUUCAACCUUGCAAGCCGGGUUUAGCUGAGUUUUAAAUGGAUACCUCACACUUUGGGGAACUGAAAUGCCUAUUGACCAGCAAAGUAAGGAGCAUUACUGGUGAUCAUAACCAAUUUGCCUUGAGCGCAUUAGAUUCUGUCCUCUUUCUGGUUGGCUUGCCACUGUCUCACAAGUUCGUUGUAAUGUCCAUUGUCUCACAAGUACUUUGUUGUCGCGUUGUAAUGCAACAACGGUUGUAAAGUCCUCUGGGUAUGACACUGACUUGCGUGCUAAAACCAAUCUUCCUGGAGUCUUAAUUCUGUUUCACACAAUAGGUAGCAGUAUACUGAAGGUAGGAAGGGAUGCAAGGCUCUUGUAAAUCUGAUACGUGGGUUACGUUAGACUGCUUCGUUGGGUCUUAGAGGUUUUUCGUGUGUAUCUUUGUGAGUAGAGAAUGGAUCUCUUACAUUUCUAUGUAAUGUGGGUGAGUGUAGGGAAACAACGCCAAUCUCGUUCCCAUUCUGCCAAAACUGUUAUUGUGGUUUUCUCGAUCUUCUGUCUUGCUUGUUACACUUUUUUUUGUCCCAAGUUGAUCUCGUCAUCCUGUGUUUAAUUGUGAAAUUGGAUGCACUUUAUUCGCUCUUCUGUGGCAGGCGUUCUUGUAAAAAGACGGUAAAUGCUGUGAUUCUCGCUCGGUUCCAUGACAUUUCCUUGGUAAAAGUCUGAACAAAAGUUAAAGAAAGUGUGAUAACUACAGUUUCAGAAAACAUAUGGAAAGAAAGCCAAUUUUUAAUACGCUUGACCUCUAAGGUUUUCUAGCAGCCAAGAAGCAACCCGAGUUUGGCAUAAAGUGUAAUUUUUCUUCACUGAAACCUUAACAAUGUGAUGUACUUCUAUGCAGAAAACUUGCUUCUAAUCUUCAAUCCUAAACAAUGCUUACUUGGAAUUCAAUCUCACUGAUUUUGGUAGACAAGUUUCGAAUGUGUUAGAUUUGUAGCCAUGUUUUUCAGAAAGGUUUUUUUUAAUUUAAUGUUUAUUUUAUUUUUUGCAGUGAGCAGUAACUUUGCAGCUGGAGCCCAUUGCCCUAAUUUUGACAAAUUAAAUGCUUCGUUUGGUUUCCCCAGAAUAUAAAAUUUCAGUUUAGGUUAGAUACUGAUUUUAGGGAUAUUCUUCUAGCUAAACAGAAGUUGGAGGGGGGAAAACUGUCGUUGAGAAAACAGUGACAUUUUGCUACCUUUCGUGGUUCAAUUCACCCCAGUUGAAAUAAAUGGGACUAAUGCAACCAUGGAGCUUAUCACACGAAGAUCAGGAAUUUAUCC